AGGAUCCACAAAAAUUUCUUCUCUUCCAUUUAAAUGAACUAAAGGAGGCAAGGGAUUCCGGAGGAAAACAUGUUUCGUUGUUUACGACUGAAAAUGCGGAAUCAAUUUUCGAUAUGCUAGAUGCAGCAGAAAGUGGAUUUAUUUCAUACAAAGAUUAUUGUCAUGCUUUGGAAACAUUAGGUAUCAAUCAAUAUGAUAAAGAGCCUGCUGGCUUUAGAGAAAAUAGAAUUACAAAAACAUACUUUAUCACGUAA